AUGGCCACGGCCAACAACUCCCCGGCCGUCGUUAAUAACCAUGGCCACAUCCUACCCGCGACGUCGUCCAGAUCCUCCACGGAGAGCUUCACCGCCACCCACGAUUUCGAGGUGGCCAGUUACCCGCUGCUCGACGGCUUGGGCGUCGGCAAGUACAUCAACUCCUGUGUCUUCAGCGUCGGUGGCUACGACUGGACUAUCAAAUUCUACCCAGAUGGUUCAUCGGUCAACUGUGCCGGUAACACUUCAUCCUUUUUGUAUUGUGUCAACCAACAGGAAGGUGUGAGGGCUAAGUUCACCUUGAACAUGCUGAAAAAAGAGGGCAAAGUGCUAACAAGACACGGUUCGUUGAACCACACCUUCUCUCCGCCAACUUAUGAUUUUGGUUAUCGUAAAUUUGUCGAAAAAUCAAGGCUGCUGAAAUCAUCGUCGUCCAAGGCAAACAAUGGCUACUUCAUUAUACGGUGUGUUCUUACCGUGAUAAGAGAACCACGGACCGAGGUCAAGAGGAACCUUCUUGUGGUUCCGCAGCCAAACCUGCAAGACCAUCUCGAGCAGAUGUGGAAGGAAGGACAAGGAGCAGAUGUGACAUUCAGUGUGUCUGGCCAGUUGUUCAGCGCUCACAGAUACUUGUUAGCUGCACGGUCUCCGGUCUUCAAGGCGGAGCUCUUUGGGCCUAUGAAGGAGAGCGCGGCAGAGAGCAUCAAGAUCUACGACGUCGAGCCACCAAUCUUCGAGGCGCUUCUUCACUUCAUAUACACGGAUUCCCUCCAAGAUGAUGGAGACAACAAAGAUGAAACUGAAAAAAUGCAGCACUUGCUAGUUGCGGCGGAUCGAUAUGGAUUGGAGAGACUAAGAAUUAUGUGCGAAGACAGGCUGUGUGAUAGCAUUGAGGUGGAAACAGUUGCGACCAUGCUGGUUCUGGCGGAGCAGCACCAUUGCGGCGAUCUCAAAAAGGCCUGCAUUGAGUUCAUGACCUCACAAAACAGGCUAGGAAAUAUCGUGGCAACGGAUGGAUUCAAGCAUCUGAUGGCAAGCUGCCCUUUGCUCACAAAGGAUAUCUUAGACAAGGUGUCCUGUGUCUUGAGUGGAAAGUCUCGUUUGUCUAGAAAUUAA